CUGGCAUCUCGCACGUUCGGAGGUGCUCGGCAAACUUCGUCGUAGUCACUCGGUAGUGGAGAGGGUAACCUGGUUUGAGCGUGUCGCGAGAGACGGAGAAAGGGAGAGAGAAAGCAAGAUAGAAACCAGACUAGGACGGUGCAGAGAGUGGAGACCAGCGUGUCUCCUCUCGUGCAUGCGUUCGCCCGCACGGGGAGUAUGUGUGCGUGCAACACAGAGGACGUAUGCGUGGCGCGGUGAGAAACGUGUUACGAACAGUGACAGACAAGAUGGCGGUGUGCCUUGUGCGGUGGUAGUAACGGUGAUGCGUGGAGCACGUUAAAAAAAAUAGUGGAGCGAAGGGGUUGAGUAAGGGGUCGGCAGCUGGGAAGGUAUGGAGCCAGGUCUUACGUCAACCACGAGACGUCGCGGUCAUCAGCAUCAUCCGCGACACGCAACGCGCCGACGUCUCGACAUCUCUAGCAGAGGACCCGCGCAGUGUGGCCCUGCUGAUAUCAUUAAGGAUACGCCAAUUGGUAACAACGAAACACCAACGAGUACAACGUCAUCCAGGCUCGAUGAAAAGAGCAAUGUCAUCGAUACGGAAUGUUCGAACGCGGUGACAGUGCCAACGAUCGGCGGCGCGAGGUGGCUCCGUGAACCGACGACCACGGUGUCUGCGAAAGAUGCAACAUCGAACGAAGACGAGGAAAAGAAUGAUCUUGAGGAUGAUUAUAGAGAGAAGGACGUCCGACAGAGGCUCGCGCGGUGUAGCCUGGACGUUCUCGACGAACGACACGAACAGAUCGUUCGUAAGAAAGACGAAAACGAGAGCUGUGACAGUUACGAAACGGAACAAGUGUCUUCGGACAAAUCGAAACCACGUGGAAACGAGACAUGCGAAGAUGUGUUUGCCGAUGAAACGAGAAGUAAAGGGAAUUCACCCGAGCCUGAGCACGCGGUCGCGAGGGCUCGCGGUGACGGUAACUCCGACGACGAAUCUACUAACGUCGAAGAGGAUCCUGAGCUUGCCGAACUUGCUAAGCUGAGAUGUCCAAGCGAGAGGGCCGAAGUACAAGCCGAAAGAGAAGCGAGAAGAAGAAAGAGAUGUGCCGAUUAUCCCGGACUGGCCUUUGGAUGGUCCAUAUUCUCCAGCGACACGAUGAUGAAGUUCGGUCUCAUACGGAACGAAUUGCAGAAUAUUAUGGGAAACCAGCUGAAACGGGCUGAGUCCGAAGUAGCUGCUCUGAACCGUCGUAUUCAGUUGUUGGAGGAGGACCUCGAGAGAUCGGAGGAACGUCUUGCAACGGCCACUGCUAAAUUGGCAGAGGCGUCGCAGGCCGCAGAUGAGAGCGAACGAGCCCGCAAGAUUCUCGAGAAUCGCAGCUUGGCAGAUGAAGAGCGCAUGGAUGCCCUUGAGAAUCAGCUGAAGGAAGCCAGGUUCCUCGCUGAAGAAGCUGACAAGAAAUACGAUGAGGUCGCCCGUAAAUUGGCCAUGGUUGAGGCUGAUCUAGAACGUGCUGAAGAACGUGCCGAGGCCGGAGAGUCAAAAAUCGUCGAGCUGGAAGAGGAACUGCGCGUUGUUGGCAACAACCUGAAGUCCCUCGAGGUCUCCGAAGAGAAGGCAACACAAAGAGAGGAGACUUUCGUCGGCCAGGUGAAGAUACUGGAUAGCCAGUUGAAAGAGGCUGAAGCUCGUGCCGAGUUCGCAGAAAGAUCCGUACAGAAGCUGCAGAAGGAGGUCGACAGGCUCGAAGACGACCUUGCCGCCGAGAGACAGAAAAACAAAUUGCUCCAGGAGGAAAUGGAGGCCACCCUGCAUGACAUCCAGAACAUGUAAAUCGCGUCUCGCGGAGCGAACAGAAAUACGAGAGAGAAAAAAACGAGUAAAAAGAUAUUUAAAAAAAUGUUUGAAACAAAAGCAUACGCGGCUAUUAGAGCACGAUUCUUUCGGAACUUUAAUGAAACAAAAAAAAAUGAACAAAAAGAAACAAAUAAUCCGUAUAGAACGCAGAUAUUCGAAAAGGGAAUGAGAUGGGGAACAGACGGACGAAUGUAGGAAUAAGGGAGGGUGAAGGGAGUCGGAAAAUGAAAAAAUAUCGUCGAAGUAAAAAGAAACAAUUCACGCUGUGCGAUGCGAGCGCUUUUGUGUGUGGUGCACACCAUUAACGUUUAUAGAGGGUAAAAAAAAAAGAAAAACCCAUGAUACUGCCUCUUCUAGGCUAGACUUCACACAUCUCUCCAUUGUAACGCUCAUCUCGACGAAGCGCCCUGGUUGCGCACAUCCUUUCCGUGUGUCGCGUGUUUCGUGCAUGUGUAUCCGUUUGCUAUACCGUUGCUAUUACUGCUCUUUCCUGUGCGCGCGCGGAACGUCUAAAGAGAUCAGACGUCUUGGUAAAAAAACAUGGAUCGAGAGAAACGAAGGGAGUGGAGACGAAGAUAGCAUGAGAAAGAAAAGGUAGGGUGUGCAGUUUGUCAAAGUGAUUCGGAACUAAUUCCUCUUUUUCUUUUUCUUUUUGAGUUUGAGUUUUUGUUCAGUCAAUCAAAGCAUUAACUCUUUUAAAGCUGCGCUCGCUUCAAAUCGAUGGACAUCGUCGAUUUCUAGCGACUACUAAUCAUGCGAAUGUACAACGAGCAUUUUAAACGUUAUUCUGAAGUGGAGAGAUCGAUAGAUGGACGAUCGAUCGUAACGUGUUAUGUCGGGAAGGAAUUUUCGAUCGACUCUGUCAAGUAUUUUCAGCCGGUUACGUUCCGCUAUCGUAUGUCGUGGUCUCGAAGAAAAUUUGAUCCUUUGCGGUUCACAUCCGGUCCAAUUUGAUUCGCAAUCGAUCGCGUAUAACGUUCAACUGAUAUCACAUUUAUAUUAUUAUACAUCUUGAAUUAACGUAUUAUCUAUCUUGAAAUUAUUAUUUUCGUUUCAAAUAUUAAUUUUCAAACAUGAAAAAGUUGUCGAUGAAGUAUUAAUUAAAUAACAAUCUAUAUAAAAAAUUUCGAUCCAUAUGAAACGUGUUCGCGAAGAAUAUUUGACCGAUUCAAUUUGAUGAGUAAAUUCCUCCUCGAUGUAAGAUUACAGAAUACUCGGAUACAGAAGGACAUUCAUUAUUCCUCGUUGUUUAUAUAUUAUGAUGGUGCAGCGUAAAAAAGAAACUUUCUCGGCCUUCCUUCUCGCUCGUUUACUCACUGGUGAUAAUCUUUAAAAGCUUUUAAGAUACCCUCACUGCCAGCCAGGUAAUCCCUUCGAGGAAGAAAUCCAAGAUUAAAGCUCAAAGGAUUAGCUAGUAACUAGUUGAAAUUUAGAAUUUAGAUAGAUAAACUAACUGACAUUAGGUUUAAAAAGAAACACGAUGCACUUUAUAAUAAUGUUUUUUUAUAUUUAUAUUCGAAUUUGUACAUUGAGGGAUUGAUAAGUCAUUGAAGAUGAUGGAAGGAGAUGUAGAGUAGUACCAUUGACUUUUUCAUGAAUUCUAUUCUACAUUUAAUAACUUUUUUCAACAAAAUUAACUACCACAAUUUUAUACCAUACAUUUUUUCGAAGUACCAUUCGAUGUUUAGUGACUAAUAAUCAUUUAACGAUACGGUCUCCAGAUUCUAUUCGUCUGGAUUGAGAAUUCUCGAAAGCUUCCUCGUUACGAAGGGUGAAUCUGAUGAAUGUGAAUUUCAUAAACGCAGCAAUCAUUAGUAAAAGAAAAAACGAACAAGUAAUAGUUUACUCCGGUUUCUCGGAGAACUAUUCGAUGAUUAUGAUACCUGAACUAAUUUAUUACGUUAACAAACUUCGAUAAAAUGAAUUGCAAAAGAAAAGAAAAGAAAAAAGAGGAACAAAAGAACCUCCAUUAUGCAUAUCUCACCCAGCGAUCAUUAAUCGUCGUUGUUAAUUAAUAUCGUCACUACAUGACGUUGAACCCUAAUUUCAGGGUGCGUUAGCGAUAUUUUUCUCCUCUCUUGUCAUCGCGAUGAAACUGCCUGUCCGCGUUUAAUAUCCCUUCGAUAAUUCUUGUAGCCAGUACGUGACGAAAUCUUCUCGAGAGUCUUUCCAAGGAGAAAUCAAAGAGUUUUAAUAUUGCAGAAAUAUUUAGGACAAUAUUCUGUGACUACAGAAUUUUGUACACUUUUAAUAAAAUCGUAUAGGCAUUUUUUAUAAAGUUUUCGAAGUAGCAUGCGAAAUAGAAUCGAAACUCUUGGAAAGACACCCGAAAAGAUUAAAACACAAUGCCCUCCGAGCAGAUGCAUCACGGUUACUCCCACAGAAAGAAAGAAUGCGUGAGACAUGGCGAGCAUGAUUAUGAAAAACGAAGAAAGCACAAUAAUUAACGAUUCCAUGCGUCCUACCGUUAACGAUGAUGAAUUUUUUGUUAUUCCCAUUUUUUCCGGAAUAACUGCUGAUAGGGUGAAAGAAACGUGAGAGAAUGAUGAUGUGUGCGUGAGGGAAAAGUGAGAGAGAGAGAGAGAGAGAGAGAGAGUGGA